CUUUCAGAUUGUUCGUACAUGUGAUGAUCAUCUGAAGGAUUUUAUAACAUGGAAGCUGGGUACCCUUGUGUCAAUUGUGCGACAGCAUAUUCGUAAAUAUUUACCAGAGCUGCUAUCUUUAAUUUCUGAAUUAUGGUCAUCAUUCAGCUUGCCAGCUAGUAAUCGUCCUUCACGUGGUUUUCCGGUGCUGCAUCUUGUUGAACAGCUUUGCUUAGCUCUCAAUGAUGAAUUCCGGAAGUAUCUUCCUGCUAUUCUUCCAUGUUGCAUUCAAGUUUUGAGUGAUGCUGAACGUUGCAAUGAUUACACCUAUGUUCUUGACAUUCUCCAUACCCUAGAAGGGUUUGGCGGGACAUUGGAUGAACAUAUGCAUCUACUUCUUCCUGCCCUUAUUCGUUUGUUCAAAGUGGAUGCUUCAGUCGAGAUAAGACGUGCUGCUAUCAAAACUUUGACAAGGUUGAUACCUCGUGUUCAGGUUUCAGGUCACAUAUCUUCUCUUGUUCAUCACUUGAAGCUAGUUUUAGAUGGGAAAAAUGAUGAGCUCCGUAAGGAUGCUGUUGACGCACUUUGUUGUUUGGCUCAUGCCCUUGGAGAAGACUUCACUAUUUUUAUCCCUUCAAUACACAAACUUCUGUUGAGACAUCGCUUGCGGCAUAAGGAAUUUGAGGAAAUUGAAGGUCGAUUAAGGCGCGAGCCAUUAAUUGUGGGGAGCUCGGCUGCACAACGAUUGAGUCGACAACUGCCAGUGGAGGUUGUUAGUGACCCAUUAGAUGAUGUGGAAAAUGAUCCUUAUGAAGAUGUCAGUGAUGUGCAAAGACAUUCUAGAGGUCACCAGGUCAAUGAUGGUCGGUUCGCUGCUGGAGAGGCUUCUCAGCGCAGUACCAAAGAAGAUUGGGCAGAAUGGAUGAGGCAUUUCAGCAUUGAACUUUUAAAAGAAUCUCCUUCGCCAGCAUUACGAACCUGUGUUCGGCUAGCGCAAUUACAGCCUUUUGUUGGUCGUGAAUUGUUUGCCGCUGGUUUUGUUAGUUGCUGGUCUCAACUGAAUGAAUCUAGUCAGAGGCAGUUAGUUCGAAGUUUAGAGAUGGCAUUUUCUUCUCCCAAUAUUCCUCCUGAAACUUUGGCCACUCUUCUUAACUUGGCUGAAUUCAUGGAACAUGAUGAAAGACCUCUUCCUAUAGACAUCCGUCUACUUGGUGCACUUGCGAAAAGGUAUUGUCGAGCUUUUGCCAAGGCUCUACAUUACAAAGAAAUGGAAUUCGAAGGUGCCUUCUCAAAAAAGAUGGAUGCUAACCCUGUUUCAGUAGUUGAAGCCCUCAUACACAUAAAUAAUCAGUUACACCAGCAUGAGGCUGCUGUUGGAAUAUUGACCUAUGCCCUACAAAAUCUGGAUGUUCAGUUGAAGGAGUCAUGGUAUGAGAAGCUGCAGAGAUGGGAUGAUGCUCUCAAGGCAUACACUGCCAAAGCCACUCAAGCAUCAAGCCCACAUCUUGUUCUAGAGGCUACACUAGGACGGAUGCGAUGCCUUGCUGCUUUGGCUCGAUGGGAAGAGCUUAACAACUUGUGUAAAGAGUAUUGGACUCCAGCUGAGCCCUCUGCUCGAUUGGAAAUGGCACCAAUGGCUGCAAAUGCUGCUUGGAAUAUGGGAGAAUGGGAUCAAAUGGCGGAGUAUGUCUCUCGAUUAGAUGAUGGUGAUGAAACCAAACUUCGGGGUUUAGGGAACACUGCUGCUAGUGGUGAUGGAAGCAGCAAUGGUACAUUCUUUAGAGCUGUUCUAUUAGUUCGGAGGGGAAAGUAUGAUGAGGCACGCGAAUAUGUUGAGAGAGCUAGAAAGUGCCUAGCAACAGAGCUUGCUGCUUUGGUUUUGGAAAGCUAUGAGCGUGCUUACAGCAAUAUGGUCCGUGUUCAGCAGCUUUCAGAACUAGAGGAGGUCAUAGAUUAUUGCACGCUCCCUGUGGGAAAUCCAGUUGCUGAAGGCCGGCGUGCCCUAAUUCGCAAUAUGUGGACUGAGAGGAUACAAGGUGCAAAACGUAAUGUUGAGGUCUGGCAAGUUCUUUUGGCUGUUAGAGCUCUUGUUUUACCUCCAACUGAAGAUAUUGAAACCUGGCUCAAGUUUGCUUCUCUCUGUCGGAAGAAUGGAAGGAUAAGUCAAGCUAGGUCUACCUUAAUUAAGCUUUUACAGUAUGAUCCAGAAGCUUCUCCUGAAAAUGUAAGAUAUCACGGGCCUCCUCAAGUUAUGCUGGCUUACUUGAAAUAUCAAUGGUCUGGUGAUGAUCAUAAGCGAAAGGAAGCAUUUGCCAGACUGCAGAAUUUGGCUAGAGAGUUUUCAAUUUCCCUAAAUAUCCAAUCUAUUGCAUCAACUGCUUCAACGAGUGGUACAAAUGCAAAUGUUCCACUCCUGGCUCGCGUGUAUCAUAAACUUGGAGCUUGGCAGUGGUCACUAUCACCUGGAUUGGAUGACGAUUCCAUACAAGAGAUCCUGACAGCAUUUAGGAAUGCCACUCAAUGUGCGACAAAAUGGGCAAAAGCAUGGCAUGCAUGGGCGUUGUUCAAUACAGCUGUCAUGUCUCAUUAUACUUUAAGAGGUUUUCCAACUAUUGCCUCUCAGUUCGUUGUUGCAGCUGUCACUGGAUAUUUCCAUUCAAUAGCAUGUGCAGCAAACACCAAAGGUGUCAAUGACAGUCUACAGGAUAUACUUCGCCUUCUUACCUUGUGGUUUAACCAUGGAGCUACCUCAGAAGUGCAAAUGGCCCUACAGAUAGGAUUUUCCCUUGUUAAUAUCAACACUUGGCUAGUUGUUUUACCUCAAAUAAUUGCUAGAAUCCAUUCAAACAACCAUGCUGUGAGAGAACUCAUACAAUCACUUUUGGUGCGAAUUGGGCAAAGUCAUCCUCAGGCUCUUAUGUACCCUCUUCUUGUUGCGUGCAAGUCCAUAAGCAAUUUACGUAAAGCAGCAGCUCAAGAAGUGGUUGACAAAGUACGUCAGCACAGUGGUGUACUUGUGGAUCAGGCACAACUGGUAUCCAAGGAACUAAUCAGGGUUGCAAUACUUUGGCAUGAGUCAUGGCAUGAGGCACUAGAAGAAGCUAGUCGUCUAUACUUCGGUGAACAUAACAUUGAAGGGAUGCUGAAAGUCUUGGAGCCAUUACAUGAGAUGCUUGAGGAAGGGGCAAUGAGGGACAAUACCACCAUAAAAGAGAGAGCAUUCAUCGAGGCAUUCCACCAUGACUUGUCACAGGCCUAUGAAUGCUGCAUGAAAUAUAAGAGAACUGGAAAGGAUGCCGAGCUUACGCAGGCAUGGGAUCUAUAUUAUCAUGUUUUCAAGAGGAUAGACAAACAACUUCAAAUUCUUACUACCCUGGACCUGCAGUCUGUUUCUCCUGAGUUGGUGGAAUGUCGUGACUUGGAGCUUGCAGUUCCUGGGACAUAUCGUGCAGAAUCACCAGUGGUAACCAUUGCAUCAUUUGCACAUCAGCUUGAUGUCAUAACUUCCAAACAACGUCCUCGGAAAUUGACUAUUCAUGGGAGUGAUGGUGAAGAUUAUGCCUUCUUACUAAAAGGACAUGAAGAUCUUCGCCAGGAUGAACGUGUCAUGCAGCUUUUUGGCUUAGUGAACACUCUGCUGGAGAACUCUAGAAAAACUGCAGAGAAAGAUCUAUCUAUUCAGCAAUAUGCUGUGAUUCCACUAUCUCCAAACAGUGGGUUGAUUGGAUGGGUCCCUAAUUGUGAUACCUUGCACCACCUCAUAAGGGAAUACAGAGAUGCCAGAAGGAUCACUCUAAAUCAGGAGCACAAAUAUAUGCUAAGUUUUGCACCGGAUUAUGAUCAUUUACCUCUCAUUUCUAAAGUAGAAGUAUUCGAAUAUGCUCUACUAAAUACUGAAGGAAAUGAUCUGUCCAGAGUUCUUUGGUUAAAAAGUCGUACUUCUGAGGUGUGGCUAGAGAGGAGGACAAAUUAUACCCGAAGUUUAGCUGUAAUGAGCAUGGUUGGUUACCUUCUUGGCUUAGGUGAUCGUCACCCAAGUAAUCUCAUGCUGCAUCGCUAUAGUGGGAAGAUUCUACACAUAGAUUUCGGAGACUGUUUUGAAGCCUCUAUGAACCGGGAAAAGUUCCCUGAAAAGGUUCCUUUCCGCUUGACUAGAAUGCUUGUGAAAGCUAUGGAGGUCAGUGGUAUUGAGGGAAAUUUCCGUUCAACAUGUGAAAAUGUGAUGCAAGUUCUCCGCACAAAUAAGGAUAGUGUUAUGGCUAUGAUGGAGGCAUUUGUUCAUGAUCCUCUCAUUAAUUGGCGUCUUUUCAAUUUCAAUGAAGUCCCUCAAAUCUCAAUGUUUGCCAGUAAUCAUGCCCCUGCUGUUAUAAACACAGAAGAAACUGCUCAAAGCAAAGAGCUUGGUCAACCUCAGCGGGGGGCACGUGAAAGGGAACUUCUUCAGGCUGUCAAUCAACUUGGUGAUGCUAAUGAGGUAUUGAAUGAGCGGGCUGUGGUGGUUAUGGCUCGCAUGAGUAACAAACUGACCGGACGUGAUUUUUCAUCUUCAUGCUCAUCAAUACCUGCAUGUUCCAUGCAAAACGUAGUUGAUCACAGCACAUUAACUUCUGGAGAUAACCGAGAAGUGGAACAUGGUUUGUCCGUAAAAUUGCAAGUUCAAAAGUUAAUUCUCCAAGCUACAUCACAUGAAAAUUUGUGCCAGAACUAUGUUGGGUGGUGUCCUUUUUGGUGAUCUCAAGAACAAAAAAGAAAUGGUAUAUUUGUGCAUAACAUUUUGUAUACAUCUGUAAUUUAUGUGUAUAUAAAGUAUAGAUUACAAAUAUCUCGUCUCUUUCUGGCCAUGUAUUGCAUACGCAUUAUUUUAAAUUAAUAAUUUUUUGCAGUGUUCUCACGUUUAUUCUCAUCGACUACAUACGCCUCCGUGAGGUUAAUCAAAAUCUACUUAUUUCGAUAAA